AUGAAGUUAAAUUUCUUGAUAAUAUUAACCCAGGUGGCAUCAGUACUUGCUUCAGUUGCCAGUGUUAACGAUAAUAACUUUGACAGCUUGGUUAUUCAAUCUGACAAGUGGUCUUUAGUUGAUUAUUAUGCUGAUUGGUGUAGACAUUGUAAACUGUUUGAACCAAUCUAUGAACAGUUGGGAGAACUUUUCGCUGAUUUUGAUAAGGUUCAAAUCUUAAAAAUCAAUGGUGAUAAGGAUGGAAGAAAAACUUCAAAGAAAUAUAAGAUUCCAGGAUUCCCAAUGAUUCAAAUGUACCAUGGGAAUGAUGAACCAAUUGAAUUUGAAGGUAGUAGAGAUUUACAAUCUUUAAGUAAUUUUGUUCAGCUGCUUGCUAACAUAAGACUCCCACUGCCAGAAGAAGAGGCCGAGCCUUCAAAGGUGUUGGAAUUGGAUGACGAGACAUUUGAAGAACAAGUGUUGAAGGCACCAACUGCUAAAUCCAUGGUUGUUUUCACUGCUCUGUGGUGUGGACAUUGUGUAAAAGUUAAGCCAAUUUGGCAAAAGUUGGCCAACAGAAUCUAUGGUAAUGAUGGAGAAGUCAUCCAAUUGGUUGAAGUUGUCACUACCGAUGUUUCUGCAGAAAAAUUAAUGAAACAAUUUGGUGUCCAGCUGUUCCCAACCAUUUUAUAUUUUGAUCCAUCCAAGGUUGACUCUGAUGGAUUGAGAAGACCAGAAGCAUAUGUUGGAGAACGUACCGUUGAGCUGUUUGUUCAGUUCAUUAAUGAAAAGACCGGAUUGCAUCGUUCCUUGGAUGGAAGAUUUGAUGAAAAUGCUGGUAGAAUUGCUCAUUUGGAUAAUCUUAUUCAACAUCAAGUUUUAGGCCAAGAUAUUGCCUCUAGAAUUGAAUUUCUUAAACAAAUUGAUAAUUUUGUCAAGAUUUCCAAUUCAAAAGUUACAGAACGUUCUGAAAUCGUUAAACCAACUGAUGAUCUUCUGAUGAUUCCAUAUUAUCGUAAACUUACAAACAAAAUAAUCAAUGGAGAAGAAGAGUUUAUUCCAAGAGAAAUAAAAAGAUUAACCAAAAUCAUUACCACAAACUCAAGAAAUAUACAAGAAAAGACCGUGGACUCUAUGGAGAAAAGACUUAACGUUUUAAAACUGUUCAUAUAA